CUAACAGCAGAACACUUUGGCUGAGCACAGCACAGCAUCAAGGCACGGUGGGAGACAAGGCAGAGACAGAGAGAGAGAGGGAGAGAGGGACGCUGAGCUACAACACUACAGCCAAGGAGACCGCGGAAACACUCCCCCCCCCCCCCCCCCCCCAAAUCCUCAAAGUGCCCCGCGGGGAAAAAAAGAAAGAAAGCGUGGAGACAAACAAAAGCAUUCUUGGCUUUCAGUUUAAGAGAAGAAGAAGAAGCAGAGAGGGGAAAAAAAGUGAAUAAUAAGUUGGGCGAGCUUGUUAACGUGACAGAGAGUGAAGGAGAAAGGCGUGACAGGACAGACUCAAGCUCAUCAUCCCUGUUCGCCUCCAGAUACGAAGGAACCGGUGGUUUUGCGCUGCAUGAAGGAUAAGAAGCAGGACGAAACAGGAUGAGAGCGACUCAGAGGAUCACAUCGUUGCUGCUGUCAGUCAGCUUCCUAUUAUUCAGCGUCAGCCUUUCCAAUGUGGACAAACAGACGACUGAGACGGCAUCUACAAAGCCAAGUAACGCCUCCACUGGACAUAAAACGGCCAAUCUAAUAAACCACACGACCUCCUCUCUUACUGCGAGGGAAAAUAUCACAUCGACUGCCCCAUCGACCACCAACCCAGCUACAACAGCUACAACAACCAUAUCAGCACCAACAACCAAAACAGCACCAACAACCGCAACAGCUAAAACAGACACAACCACAACAGCUACAACAGACACAACCACAACAGCUACAACAGACACAACCACAACAGCUACAACAGACACAACCACAACAGCUACAACAGACACAACCACAACAGCUACAACAGACACAACCACAACAGCUACAACAGACACAACCACAACAGCUACAACAGACACAACCACAACAGCUACAACAGACACAACCACAACAGCUACAACAGCCACACCAGCUGCCAACAGCGCUGUGUCAACUGGAAGCCCCAACGUCGUCGAAACACUGGCAACCUCCGUACCCGUAACAACAUCCGGGACACAAGCGAACAGCUCCCACGUGGGGACAACCGAGAACAGGUCCUCGACGGAGGCCCCUAUGGCGGUGCAACAAUCAGUGACCCACACCACCAUCCCCACCCAGACGAGCCAGGAGGGCAACGCAGGUGCCGUGAAAACAACUGUGGCAAGGGCCACAGGGGCCACUGGGACUAGGGCCACAGGGGAGACAGGGGCCACAGAGGCCACUGGGACGAGGGCUACAGGGGAGACAGGGGCCACUGGGACGAGGGCCACAGGGGAGACAGGGGCCACAGAGGCCACUGGGACGAGGGCCACAGGGGAGACAGGGACCUCAGGGACAACAGCUGACAACACAGUGACCACCCGCAACCCCUCCACCCUGACCAAGGUGGUGUCUCAUACCCCAGAGCCUUCUGUUGCCAAAGCUGGAACCACCUCCCCACAACCCCCCACCGCUGUAACCAAAAUAACCAGCAGCCACUCCGCAGGGGCAAUGACGUUUACGUAUUCUCUAAACAACGGGCACGAGAAAGAGGAGGAGAAAGAGGUAGAGAAACAUCUGGCGGAGGUGUGCAGGCAGCUGAUGGUCAAUCUACAAGAUGGCAACUGCACCCUGACAGGGCUGAACCACAACGGCAAAAUACAGUUUGACGGUGUGGAGAUCAACGGCAAAGUAAAAACCAGCCUCGCAUCCCAGUACUAUGAAGAAAUCACCAAGAAACCAACAGAUAGCAAAACCCUGAUCGCCAUCCUGGCCUCCAGCGGAGCUCUGCUGAUCAUGAUCGUCAUCCUCGCCGUUUGUGCCUCCCACCACCGCAGGCCGUACAAUGAGAACCAGCAGCACCUGACGGAGGAGCUGCACACAGUAGAGAAUGGUUACCACGACAACCCCACGCUGGAGGUGAUGGAGGUUCAGCCAGAGAUGCAGGAGAAGAAGAUGACGCUGAAUGGAGAGUUCAACGACAGCUGGAUCGUCCCCAUAGACAACCUGCUGAAGGAGGACGUGGCGGGCGAGGAGGACACACACCUGUAGAGACGAGUCGGGGAAGGAGAGGAGGUGACAAGGAGUUGAUUUGUACACUAGCACCUGUAAAUAAGUAUAAGUAAGUUGUUUUCUGCAAGCGAGGAAGAGCCAGUUGACGUUGUGGACUGUUCAGUAACAAAGACAAUGUCCACAAAGACGCAUCUUUAGGUUGAUAGAAACGAAGUGAAAGCUUUUUAAAUCACAAUGUAUGGAGGUGUACGGAAUGCCCGAGUGGACAAAUCAGAAGUAGGUUUGCUUUUGUGCUUCGUCUCGAUGCAACAGUUUGUCACAGAAUACAAACGAUGGAAAAGGCGUCCAGCUUUCUUUCUAAAAAUAGGACUUGUGCGCUCAUCUGAUGUAACCAUGACAAGUUAUCUUAAAAAUACACAUCACGCCUAGUUAUACUUCAAACACAUUCAAAAUAAAAUUGAAUUAUUAUUCAUCUUGUUUUUAAGGGGCUUCCACGGAAACUGACAAGUUUAUUUUGUUAUUAAACCAGGGCACAUCGCUGAGAUUUGGCUCAGUUUGAAUAACUGCCUUACUUUAAAAAGGUUAAUAUAUUUGUGUACCUAUAUACAAGUGAAUCAUCACCGUGGGCACUCCAAUCAUCUGAUUGAUUUUUUUGUUUUCGUCUAGUUUCACUUUUAUUAUAGCUGUGAUGUCACCAAAGUAUGUUACUAGUAUUUGUUAUGUAUUUAUGUACUGUUUGCUGCAGAAGGCAAACAACAGGGGUCUGACACACUGGAAGCUGCGUUCAUGUUCUUCUACCUGCUCACAUUUGAAAAUAAAAUGUUUUUUUCCAC